AUGGCCCGAAACCUUGUCACUCCCAACACUUCAUCCUCGUCGACUUCAGUGGCGUUGUCUUCUCUUUGGCUAGCUCUUUGGAAAGUUGGGGUCCCCCUAAAAUCAAAAUAUUCUAAUGGAACGUGUGCUCAACUCAGGAAACAUAACAUUUCCAAGAAACAAGUCUCAUUGGAUCCCACAUGUGUUUUCUGUGUAGAUGGUUGUGAAUCGACUGUACACCUACUAUGUGACUGCAUUUUUGCUGAAGGUGUUUGGCAUUGCUUAUCUUCCUUUAACUACAAUAAAGUUUAUCAUAGUGAGUUGGCCAAGGAGUGGGUUCACAGCCACCGUUAUCUCCUCUCUCCUGCUGACUUUGCCACCUUUCUAAUGUUAGGUUGGGCUAUUUGGGAGGUUAAGAAUGCCCUGGUUUGGGAGGCUAAACAAUCAAGACCUGAACAAGUUUACAUCAAUGCUGUCACCCGCCUCCAAGAUUUCCUAAAAGUCAAUACAAGAGCCCCAAAGUCUGUUCAGCAGCCUAUUGGAGGAGUGAAAUAG